AAGGAAAUGAGAUUGUGAUUCAGGUGUAUACAAAUGUCAGCAAUAUUUAUUUGAUCAACCAUUGAAGUCUCCGUCUCUCCACUAUGCUCCAUGAACACCUCAUAACAAUGGAGAAUUCCUCAGCUCCAUCUCCAUUGCAAAACCCUAGCUCCAGAUUCAAACUUUCCAUAUUUACAACAUCCUCAUCACCCAAAUUCCAAUUUAGUCCUCUUCUUCUUCUUCUACUCCUUCUUCUCCUUUCCCUUAACUCCUCCCUUGGAGUUUCCGAACUCCCUCAGAUCCCAUACUCACCAUACUGUAACGACGUCGUUUCCAGCACCCCUUUAAGCCAAGCUUCAACCCCUUUUAACGCUACCCCAAUUUUCCUCACUCUUCGCAACGCGUACGUACACGCGCCGGUUGAAAAUGCCGGAAAAUUCAAUCCGAAAACCCUAAAUUUCUACACCCAAAAUGUUUAUCCGACCCAAAAUGGUAAAAUAUUUAAACUUGAAGGUGUUUUGAGGUUCGCAGGAAGUGUUGGUCCUGAGUUUUUUGGUGAUUUUGUACACCGGCGGAAACUCCGGCUAGUUUAUAACCGGCCACCUAGGUUUCCUACCAGAGGUGGCGGCGGGUAUUCGAGGGAGUUUCGCGUUUCGGGUUUCUGGGAUUCGGGUACUGGGAAGCUUUGUAUGGUGGGAUCAGGUAUGAGGAAGUUAAGUUCUGUUGAUGUUGUUCUUAAGUUGGUUUAUUUCAAUUCGUCUGAUAUUUUGCGUAGUGUUGUUAAUGGUACGUUGGAAAGAAUUGAUGUGAAUGAUAACAAUGCAUAUACUAAGCCUGUUGAAAUACUUGGUUUGUCUUUGAGAAAUUAUGUGUAUACUUUGAUUAAUAAAGAAGUUGAGAAUCAUGGGUUUAGUGAAUAUGGUGAUUCGUCUAAUGUUUCGUUGGGAAUAGACAACCCAGAUAGGAGUGUGUGCUCAGUUAUAAGUCGUGCUGGGACUAUGGAAAUGAUGUAUUUGGGUAAUUGUAGUAAUGGGAAUUGUGAUUUUCUUGGUGGUAAUGUGUCAAACUUUAGGCCGACGAUGAUAUGGUUUAAUGAGAUUGAGUGCGGGGAUAAUGGGAGAGGGAGAUUCUUGUUAAGCUUUGGUGAUGGUGUGAGCACUCGGCCAACUUAUUUGAUAAAUCAAACAUUGGUUGCUGAAGGGAAGUGGGAUGAGAAGACGAAAACAGUUGACAUGAUUGGUUGCCGGAUUUUCAAUGGAAGUGAUGCAGCAGCUGAAAAGGGUUUUGUUGGGGAUUGUGUUGUGAGGCUGAGUUUGAGAUUGCCUAAGCAAUGGACCUUGAAGGAGAGGAGUGUUGUUGUUGGGGAGAUUUGGAAAAGAAAAGACUCAAAUGAAAAAGGCAAUUACGGUAAAGUUGCCUUGCACAGUCUAAGAAAUCUGGUUAACAGGCUUGAUGGAUUGACAUAUGAGUAUACUGUGAUUGAUAAUGUGACGAGGUCUUGUGCCAAGGCAAUGAGUUAUAAAGGCAAUGGAGGGAAGUAUCCCGAUGUUCAUUCAUCUGAUAUGCGAUUUGAUAUGAUGGUGAGGAAUAAGAAAAAAACAGAAAUUUUCAGUUAUUCAGCACCAUUGUCUGUGGGGGAUAAGUUUUACCGGGGUGCAUCUGAUUCUUCUGUUAAAUUGAACGACAAUCAAAGUACUGUGGUCAAUGUAAGCUAUGUGCUUCACUUUUUUGCUCCACCUCAGUUCUUGUACAGUGUUGAUCAUACUCCUAUGACAAUUGAAAUUUCUGCUGAAGGUUUAUAUGAUUCGAGGAGUGGACAUCUUUGCAUGGUUGGCUGUAUGUAUUUUUCAUCACGUCAAGGGAUUUCACAGAAAAAUUCAUCGUUGGACUGUGAAAUUCUAGUUAAUAUUCAGUACCCGCCUCUGAACGCUAAAGUCCGCACAGGUGGUAGAGGUACCAUUGAGAGCAUGAGAACAAAGUCUGAUCCUCUUUACUUUGAACCUCUGGAACUUAUAUCAAAUUCGAUCUACACUGACCAAGCCAGAAAUUCCAUAUGGAGAAUGGAUCUGGAAAUGACCAUGGUUCUAAUUUCCAACACACUUGCAUGCAUCUUUGUGGGUCUGCAGCUAUUUUAUGUGAAAAAAAACCCAAGUGUGCUUCCGUUUAUCUCUGUUGUCAUGAUAGUUGUACUCACAUUGGCACACAUGAUCCCUCUGUUGCUAAACUUUGAAGCCUUAUUUUUGGUCAACCGAAAAAAGCGGAAUGUUUACUUUGGUAAUGAUGGAUGGGUUGAAGUAAAUGAGGUUUUAAUUAGAAUCAUGACGAUGAUAGCAUUCUUGUUGGAAUUCCGUCUUCUCCAACUCAUAUGGUCUGCAAGAGCAGGUGAUGAGAUCCCCAAAAAUUCCUGGAUAUCUGAUAAAAAGGUUCUGUAUUUGUCUUUGCCAAUGUAUAUUUGUGGUGGAUUGAUUGCUUAUUUUCUCCAUCUGUCAAGAAAUCCUCAUCAGAUGAAGCUUGAAUAUUCCCUUCAUUUUCGUUACCAACAGCAAACUUUGUGGGGGGAGCUCAAAACAUAUGCCGGUUUGAUCUUGGAUGGAUUUUUGCUUCCUCAGAUUCUGUUCAUUGUGUUCUGUAACACUACUGAGAAGGCUCUCACCCCUGGUUUCUAUGUAGGAACCACCCUUGUGCGCCUAAUGCCACAUGUAUAUGAUCUUUACAGAGCUCACGGCAAUGCUUGGUCAUUUGAUUACAUUUACGGAAACCCAAAAAUGGAUUACUAUUCUACUGCUUGGGACAUCAUUAUCUGUUGUGGGGGUCUGCUUCUUGCAGUACUCACUUUCUUGCAGCAGAGAUUUGGGGGCCGUUGUUUUCUUCCCAGUAGAUAUAGAGAGAGUUCCACAUAUGAGAAAGUACCUGUAGUCAGCACUGAGUCAAUUACAGAAGAAUAAACUGUCAGUAGAAAUUUUAUCUUUGAUUUUUGAAGAAACUUUUAGUUCUCCUGUCAUGAGCUUCAUUAGAUUCCGAUACUUGCAUUAUAUGUCAAAGAUUGUAUAGUUGAAGUAUCUAAUUUCAAGCCUGCUAAAGAAUGAUUCAUCUGGUAGAGACUAAGUAUCUAUAUAUUGGUAGUUAACUCUUCUUUCA